AUGGGCCCUGUAGUGGAGGAAACAUAUAAGCAAGAGAUCGAAACAUCUGAGGUUCAGGAAGAGUACACUCCGUUCAAGCUUGAAAAGGGCUAUGGCUGGGGUGAGGCUCUGCCCGAGAAGCAAGGCCUAUACGACCCUAGCCUUGAAAAAGAUGCAUGCGGUGUAGGAUUUGCCGCCCAUAUUAAGGGCAAGGCAAGUCAUAAAAUCAUUAGCGAUGCGCGGAAUCUCCUGUGUAAUAUGACCCAUCGUGGUGCGGUAGGCUCAGAUGCUCGAGAUGGUGACGGUGCCGGUGUUAUGACGUCGAUCCCGCACAAAUUCUUCGUCAAGAACUUCGCCCGCGAGGUGGGCAUAGAGCUACCACCUCUCGGUCAAUACGCAGUCGGCAACCUUUUCUUCAAGCCAGAUACUGAGAUGCUGAAACAUGCCACCCUCAGCUUCGAGGAAACCGCCCAGGAAUUGGGCCUGCGCACCCUAGGCUGGCGAGAAGUUCCUAGAGAUUCGACUCUGCUUGGCCCAGCGGCCCUCUCACGCGAACCCAUCAUUCUCCAACCGUUCGUCGUCCUCACUUCCGCAUACGGCAAUGGCAAUAAACCAGAAAUCACCGAUCCCGAGCAAUUCGACGAGAUUGAGUUCGAACGGAGGCUGUACAUCCUUAGAAAGACCGUCUCACACGAUCAACGGUGGAAGCCAUGGUUCUACGUCUGCUCCUUGAGCAACAAAAACAUUGUAUACAAAGGACAAUUGGCGCCAGUGCAGGUAUAUCAGUACUACCAUGACCUGGUCUCUGUUGACUAUGAAGGUCAUUUCGCCCUGGUUCACUCUCGGUUCUCCACCAACACAUUUCCUUCAUGGGAUCGAUCACAGCCUCUGCGGUGGCUAGCCCACAAUGGUGAGAUCAACACACUUAGAGGCAACAAAAAUUGGAUGAGGGCUCGUGAAGGAGUCUUGAAAUCUGAUCUUUUUGGUGAAGAGCUUGAGAAACUCUUUCCUAUUGUCGAAGAUGGAGGCUCAGAUUCGGCUGCGUUUGACAAUGUCUUGGAGCUCCUGGUCAUGAAUCGGGUGCUUUCCUUGCCCGAAGCCGUCAUGAUGAUGGUUCCUGAAGCGUGGCAAGGCAACACAGCCAUGGAUCCGGGCAAAGCCGCUUUCUACGAGUAUGCGGCAUGUCUGAUGGAGCCCUGGGAUGGCCCUGCGCUGUUUACUUUCUCCGAUGGUCGAUACUGUGGUGCUAACUUGGACCGAAAUGGUCUGAGACCGUGCCGCUACUACGUAACGGACGACGACAGAAUUGUCUGUGCCUCAGAGGUUGGAACUAUCGCCAUUGAACCAGAACGGGUAGUUAUCAAAGGGCGAUUGCAGCCAGGAAAAAUGCUCUUGGUUGAUACACAAGCUGGCCGUAUCAUUGACGACGCCGAGCUCAAAAGUACUGUAGCAAAUCGACAGCCCUUUCAACAAUGGCUUGACAAGAGCCUGAUGAAGAUGCCUCAGGUUUACAAAACACUCGCGGCAGAACUCGAUCUGGGCUAUAAGCUUACCGAGUCCACCAUCCAGGAGGACGUCAGGCUUCGCGCUUUCGGUUACUCCUUCGAGCAGGUCAGUUUACUGCUCGGGCCCAUGUGUGCUGAUUCCAAGGAAGCACUCGGCUCGAUGGGUAAUGAUGCACCUCUUGCAUGUCUUGCUCAGCAACCACGUUUGCUUUUCGAGUAUUUCAGACAGUUGUUCGCCCAGGUCACCAAUCCUCCCAUUGAUCCCAUUCGAGAAGCAAUCGUCAUGUCCCUCGAAUGCUAUGUUGGCCCUCAAGGUAACUUGUUGGAAAUGGACGCCUCUCAAUGCAGCAGACUUCUGCUACCCUCACCAAUUCUUGAGACAGAAACCUUCAAUGCGAUCAAGAACAUGAACCACUACAACAAAGAGUGGACCGUCAGAACAAUUGACAUCACCUUCGAUAAGUGGACUGGCAUCGACGGGUACAUGAAGGCCCUCGACGACAUUUGUGAUGCCGCCACAACCGCAAUCGAAGAAGAUGACAAGAUCAUCAUUCUGUCUGAUCGGGCAACAUCAGAAGAUAGAGUCCCGGUGUCGUCACUCCUCGCUACCGGGUUGGUGCACCACCAUUUGGUUCGAAACAAAUGGCGAUCCCGAGCGGCACUCAUUGUGGAAACAGCUGAGGCCCGAGAAGUUCACCAUAUGUGUGUUCUGGUGGGCUACGGUGCUGAUGGUAUCAAUCCAUAUCUCGCGAUGGAAUGUAUCUUGAAACUCAACCGUGAAGGUCUCAUCAAGAAGAAACUCACAGAUCAGCAGGUCAUUGCCAAUUACAAGGCCUCUUGUGACGGUGGUAUCUUGAAAGUCAUGAGUAAAAUGGGUAUUUCUACUCUGCAAUCUUACAAGGGGGCCCAGAUCUUUGAAGCUCUCGGUAUCGAUGAUUUAGUGGUUGACCGCUGUUUCGCUGGUACGGCCACUCGUGUCCGCGGCAUGACCUUUGAGCUUAUUGCCGAAGACGCUUUUGCUUUCCAUGAGAAGGGCUAUCCAUCUCGACACAUCCGCGAAAUCCCUGGCUUGGCAGAGUCGGGUGAGUAUCAUUGGCGCGAUGGCGGCGAGGCUCACAUCAACGAUCCCGUUAGCAUCGCCAAUGUUCAGGAUGCUGUUCGCACCAAGAACGACAAGUCUUACGAGGCUUACUCCCUCUCGGAAUACGAACAAAUCAAGAACUGUACCCUCCGCGGCAUGCUUGACUUUGAUUUCGAGCAACGAACACCGGUACCGAUUGACCAAGUCGAACCUUGGACCGAGAUUGUCCGGCGAUUCGUCACAGGUGCAAUGUCUUAUGGCUCGAUUUCGAUGGAGGCACAUUCUACUCUCGCUGUUGCCAUGAACCGUCUGGGGGGGAAAUCCAACACUGGUGAAGGCGGUGAGGAUCCAGAAAGAAGCUUGAAAAUGGAAAACGGUGACUCGAUGCGCUCUGCAAUCAAGCAAAUCGCUUCUGGUCGCUUUGGAGUGACGGCGAACUACCUAGCUGACUCCGAUGAGCUUCAAAUCAAAAUGGCUCAGGGUGCAAAGCCCGGUGAGGGCGGUGAACUUCCAGGUCACAAGGUCUCUGAGCCAAUUGCUCGUACUCGACACUCUACUCCUGGUGUCGGUCUUAUUUCUCCACCUCCUCACCACGACAUUUACUCCAUUGAAGAUCUGAAACAAUUGAUCUAUGAUCUGAAGUGUUCGAACCCUCGAGCCAGAGUAUCUGUCAAGUUGGUAUCUGAAGUCGGGGUUGGCAUUGUCGCAGCAGGCGUGGCCAAGGCGAAAUCAGACCACAUUCUGAUUUCUGGCCAUGAUGGCGGUACCGGCGCUUCGAGGUGGACCGGUAUCAAAUAUGCCGGUCUUCCUUGGGAGCUGGGUCUUGCCGAGACCCAUCAAACUCUCGUUCUCAAUGAUCUUCGUGGUCGUGUCAUUGUUCAGACUGAUGGCCAGGUCCGGACCGGUCGUGAUGUUGCUGUUGCUUGCCUGUUGGGUGCCGAGGAAUGGGGAUUUGCCACCACACCUCUUAUUGCGAUGGGCUGUAUCAUGAUGCGCAAGUGUCAUUUGAAUACAUGCCCUGUCGGCAUCGCUACUCAGGACCCCGCUCUUCGAAGAAAAUUCCUAGGGACCCCGGAGCAUGUCAUCAACUUCUUCUAUUACAUUGCCAAUGAACUCCGAGCAAUCAUGGCCCAGCUUGGAUUGAGAACGGUCAAUGAAAUGGUUGGGCGAGCCGAACUUUUGAAAGUGCGAGAUGAUCUCCGCACGUCCAAGACUGAGAACAUUGAUCUGUCGCUUAUCUUGACACCCGCACACUCGAUUCGCCCCGGUGUCGCAACAUACAACGUUCGCAAGCAGGAUCACAAGUUGCACACCCGUCUCGAUAACAAGCUCAUCUCCGAAUCUGAACUCGCUCUGGAGAAGGGUCUUCCGUGCCGAAUUGAAACCGACAUCGUCAAUACCGACCGAACCUUGGGCGCCACUCUUUCUUACCAUAUCAGCAAGCGCUACGGCGAGGCUGGCCUGCCCCAAGAUACGAUCCACGUCAAUAUCAGGGGCUCCGCCGGUCAAUCCUUCGGAGCUUACCUUGCUCCUGGUGUCACACUCGAACUCGAGGGCGAUGCCAAUGAUUAUGUCGGCAAAGGUCUUUCUGGUGGUCGCCUGAUCAUCUAUCCUCCUCGCAGCGCCGUCUUCAAGGCUGAAGAGAAUAUUUUGAUCGGAAACGUUUGUCUCUACGGGGCCACCAGCGGCAUGUGCUAUUUCAGAGGUGUUGCUGCCGAACGCUUCGCCGUCCGAAACUCCGGAGCCAACGCGGUUGUCGAAGGUGUCGGGGACCACGGCUGCGAGUACAUGACGGGAGGUCGUGUUGUCGUGCUCGGUAGCACUGGCCGCAACUUUGCUGCGGGGAUGUCUGGUGGUAUUGCAUAUGUUCUUGAUAUGAACCAAGACUUCCAUUCCAAGAUCAACAUGGAAAUGGUUGAAGUCUCCGGGAUCGAGGAACCAUCUGAAAUUGCUUUCCUUCGGGGCAUGAUUGAGGACCAUCACCAUUACACCGGUUCGGAGCUUGCAGCCCGCAUUCUACUCGAGUUUAAUCGUGCUCUUCCUCGGUUUGUCAAAGUUCUGCCCACCGAUUACAAGAGAGUGUUGGCGGAACAAGCCAGGAAGGCCGAAGAGGCCAAGAAGGCCGAGUAUCCCUUGCCAUUACUCCCAGGAAACCCUGUUCGAAAUCUCCAUCAGGAGCAGCGUGAUAUUGCCCAUGACAAGGAAGCCAAACCGAAGAAGGCCGAUAUGCUUGAUAUUGAGGAAGGCGUCAAUGGGGACGCGGACAAAGUCAAACAGAAGGCAGCACUGGUGCUCGACAAGACUCGUGGUUUCAUGAAGUAUUCUCGUCGCAGCGAGAAGUACCGGAACGCAAAGACUCGGACCAAGGACUGGGCCGAGCUCUCUUCCCGUCUCAACGAAGAUGAGCUAAAAUAUCAAUCGGCCAGAUGCAUGGACUGUGGUGUCCCGUUCUGCCAAUCAGACACGGGGUGCCCCAUCUCCAACAUCAUUCCGAAAUGGAAUGAACUGGUCUUCCAGAAUCAGUGGAAAGACGCUCUCAACCGUCUCCUAAUGACCAAUAACUUUCCUGAAUUCACUGGGCGUGUCUGUCCUGCUCCUUGCGAAGGUGCUUGCGUUUUGGGCAUCAACGAAGACCCUGUUGGUAUCAAGAGCAUCGAGUGCGCUAUCAUUGAUAAGGGGUUCGAGAUGGGAUGGAUGGUUCCCACGCCACCAACUGAACGCACAGGCAAAAAGGUCGCCAUUAUUGGAUCGGGUCCGGCGGGCCUCUCUGCCGCCGACCAGCUCAACCGUGCCGGACACCUUGUUACGGUUUAUGAGAAGUCGGAUCGGGUUGGCGGGUUAUUGAUGUACGGCAUUCCCAACAUGAAACUUGACAAGCGUAUUGUUCAGAGACGAGUAGAUCUCAUGGCUGCCGAAGGUGUCAGGUUCGAGACUGGCGUCAUGGUGGGCCCCGAUGAGAAAGUCAGUCUUCAGUCGCUUCGGGACAGCAAUAAUGCCGUUGUGGUUUCCACUGGAGCCCAGGUCCCCCGUGACUUGAAGAUCAAGAACAGAGAAGUCGAAGGAAUACACUUUGCCAUGGAGUUUUUGCAUGCCAACACCAAGUCUUUGUUGGAUUCUGAGUUGGGUGACGGUAAAUACAUCAGUGCCAAUGACAAGCACGUCAUCGUCAUAGGUGGUGGUGAUACCGGUAACGACUGCAUCGGCACUUCUCUCCGUCACGGCGCUAAGUCCAUCACCAACUUUGAGCUGUUGCCCCAACCUCCACCAGAGCGUGCUCGCGAUAAUCCAUGGCCUCAGUGGCCCCGAAUUUACCGUGUCGACUACGGUCACGCUGAAGUCAAACAGCAUUACGGCAAGGAUCCUCGCGAGUACUGUGUCAUGACCAAAGACUUUGUGGCUGAAGACGGCCGCGUAGUCGGCAUCAACACGACUCGUGUGGAAUGGACCAAGAGUUCGACCGGUGCUUGGGAAAUGAAACCUAAGGAAGACAGUGAAGAAUAUUUCCCUGCAGAUCUCGUCCUUCUCUCCAUGGGCUUCCUGGGACCUGAUGAUCGUCUCUUCAACUCCGAAAUCGAAUUGGACCCACGCAAAAACAUCAAGACUCCUAAGAACAUGUACAAUACCAACCUGCCUGGGGUUUUCGCCGCCGGCGAUUGCCGUCGUGGCCAGUCUCUCAUCGUUUGGGGGAUCAACGAAGGUCGCCAAUGUGCUCGACAAGUGGACAGCUUCCUGAUGGGAACAGGAUCUUCCCUUCCAGCCACCGGAGGCAUUAUUCGACGACCCCAGCAUGACGCUGUCCCAACGCCGCAAGAGAUUAAGGCUCACAAACACAGUGAUAUGGCUCAUGCAGCGGAAGAAUUCAAGCGCAAUACCGAUAUUAAUGUUGCUGCUUGA